GGGCCCAGUGUCAGAGCAGCACCAUCAGAGGAACAGCAGCCAACACCGGGGAGACGGGAGCUGUGGUGUUUAUUUAAUACAAGAUAAACUUUUCUCCACAAUGUCGGGAUUUGACAGCAACCCCUUCGCUGACCCAGUGGACGUAAAUCCUUUCCAGGAUGCCUCAAUCACACAAGCCACCAAGGGAGUUACUGAAAAUGUUGGGGAGUUCAACCCCUUCUCUGCAACUGUAAUGGGAACCCAGUCUGACACGACCAUCCCCGUCCCUGCUACCUCCUCUCAACCAGCCAUCCUGCAGACCUCUGUGGAGCAGAGCGCACAGGCAACUGCAGCUGCUGGCCAGGCUAACCUGAUCAAACAGCAAGAGGAGCUGGAGAGGAAAGCAGCUGAGCUGGAGCGGAAGGAGCAGGAGCUACAGAACAGGGCCGCAGGCAGAGCGCCGAACACUGGCACUAAAGAGAACAACUGGCCACCUCUUCCCACGUUCUUUCCUGUGAAGCCCUGCUUCUAUCAGGACUUUGAGGAGGACAUCCCUGAGGAGUACCGCAGGAUCUGCAGGAGAAUGUACUACCUGUGGAUGUUCCACAGUGCCACUCUCUUCCUCAACGUGCUGGCCUGCCUGGCUUACUUCACUGCAGACCCUCAAUACGGUGUUGACUUUGGUCUGUCCAUCCUCUGGUUCCUCCUCUUCACCCCUGUGUCCUUCAUUUGUUGGUACAGGCCCAUCUACAAGGCCUUCAGGUCUGACAGCUCCCUCAGCUUCUUUUUCUUCUUUUUCAUCUUUUUCUUUCAAGUGUCAGUGUACAUCAUCCAGAGUGUAGGGAUCCCAAAAUGGGGAAACAGUGGAUGGAUCGCAUCCAUCAGCAUGAUCCGCAGUAACUUGGCUGUAGCUGUGGUUAUGAUGGUGGUGGCUGGUUUUUUCACUGUAAACGCUGUCCUGGCUGUCAUCCUACUGAAAAUGGUCCACUCUAAGUACAGAAGGACAGGUGCCAGCUUCACCAAAGCCCAGCAGGAGUUCUCCCAUGGAGUCAUUACCAACCCAACCGUCCAGACUGCUGCAGCAAGUGCUGCUACAUCUGCUGCCCAGGGUGCCUUUGGCAGGAGCCAGGGAAAUUAGACUGUUUCCCACAUCCUGAGUGCCUCAGGCUAGUCUUUUUUUGACCAGUAUACGUGACUAACCAUGUCCCAACAUUCUUCAAUGGGUAGGGGAUGAGAGUUUGAUUAUUUAAAGAAAAGGGCCAGAAAACAAAUAAUUUAUGACGAGGGGAGUCUCUCCAGCAGAUCAGCCAAAACAAGGCCAAAAAGAAGUGUGGGUGAGUGCGUAUGACAAAAAAUUAAUUGGCAACACCUCAACAAAAACAUAACUCCUGGAAUGGAUUUAACAUAGACGAAAGAUGUAGACAUGAGUGUCUGCAGUGCACCACUGAACAGGGCUGGGAUUUAAAGAAAAAAGGUACAUUUAUUUAAAUCCUGUCGUUAAAGACGCUGGUAGAAGUAUUAGUAUUUUUCUAUCUCACUUUUGAUGUAUAAAUAACAUACUGGGGCCUCAAAAAUAAACUCUAUGCUUGGAGUUUGGAUUAUAUAAAAAGCAUACUUGACAUAAGAAUGUUUUACCAUCAGUGAAUGAUGGAUCCACAUAAUGUAUUUAUACAUAUUUUUGUCAUUACAGCAGCAUGUAGAGCGUUACAGGGUAACCAGUCUAUCAUUCUGCCUUCUAUAAACACUUAAUAUAUACAGUAUACUUUGAACUACUAAGUUCUGAUAGUUUUCUAGUUAGUUUGCUCUCAGGCAAUCAGACUGGAUGCCCUAUAAACAGAUGCAUCCUGCUACAUCUUACACUACUGAUGAACACAGUUGCUGUUUUAAUUUUGUUGUCUUGUAUAUAAUACUGUAUAGGAUAAGCUGAUGAUUAAUGAAGGUGAUGGGAUGAAGGUUUUCUUUCUGUUUUAAUCAGUUUACUGAUAUAAAUGAAGUGAGACAAAAAGCUCUUCUGAGGGCAAAUGAAGAUGAGGUAUAACUGGGAUUGCACAUUUUAAUUCAAGUUAAGAUUACCAUUAUAUUUUCUCUCAUAAUGUAGUAUGGAGCCUGCUGUGAUUAAAAUGAAAUGCGGGGUGCAGGUUUAUUUAAUAUAACAUUACUGACGUAGUAUAGAAUUAGAAAAAGUGCAUUAAUGAGCUGAAAGAACACAUUAUGUUUCUGUCAAUUAUCCAUUCUUUUGACUUAGAUCCCUAGGAAAUAUCCUGCAGACAAGUCAUGUGUUUGUGAAUAGAUGCAGAUAGUUUUUAUUUCUAGCUGCACCUACUUGUUAGGUAUUAGCAUUUUCAUGUUUUACUUGUGAAUAUAUACAUGGUGUCCAAUUCUAAUCAUAUGUUACAAUCACUUUGUGUAGGUGUAACUUCAAUGCCUUUAAGCAGAUGUAACAUACCAAUUUUUGUGUGGGGAUUUAAGCACAAGGCUGAUGGUUAUUAGUGUUUUUGUCUGUCUUUAUGGAGAAAUUUGGUUUAUGGUAAAGUUUGAUGAUCAGAAGGUGUGUUGUACAUAUUGGUGACUUAUUUAAAACAUUUUUGCUGAAAGGGUAUUUGUUGGAAAUUGGUUCUCAGUCUUAACAUCAAAUAAACUUUUAUUUUCUCUUGAAAA